AUGGCGUCAAAUGAACCCGAUCGUUUUGACCCUCCUGAGAGACCUCAGCCUGGUGACCUUAUUGAGAUCUUCAGACCAGCCUAUCAGCACUGGGCUCUGUAUCUGGGUGAUGGUUAUAUCGUCAACUUAACACCAGUGGAGGAGGGCCAAUCAACGGCCGUGUCCAGUGUGAAGUCUGUCUUUAGCCGGAAAGCAGUUGUCCGCAUGCAGCUGCUAAAGGAGGUGGUGGGGAGCAACUCAUUCCGAAUCAACAAUAAAUAUGAUGACAACCACACCCCCUUGCCUGUCUGUGACAUCAUUCACCGAGCCCAGCUUUUCAUUGGGCAAGAAGUGUCAUAUGACCUGCUGGGCAAUAACUGCGAGCACUUUGUCACUCUGCUGCGCUAUGGGGAAGGGGUGUCUGAACAGGCAUCACAGGCGAUCGGAGCCAUCAGUUUGGUGACAGCGGCUGCAGGUGCCUUCUCUGUUCUUGGAUUGAUCAACAACCGCUCCUCUAACAGGCCUGACUGA